UUGAGUAUUGAGAGAGGGAGAAAGAAAGGGAUAGAAACACAAACAGAGUGAAACAGAAAGAGGUGAACGAAGGCGGAGAAACAAAAAUGGAUCCAGACGCUUUAUCGAAAGCAUUCGUAGAUCAUUACUACUCGACGUUCGAUAACAAUCGCGCUGGAUUAGCUAAUCUGUAUCAAGAUACUUCCAUGUUGACCUUUGAAGGCCAGAAGAUCCAAGGCUCUCAGAACAUCGUCGCCAAGCUCACCUCCCUCCCUUUCCAGCAGUGCAAACACAGCAUCACCACCGUCGAUUGUCAGCCAUCUGGACCUGCCGGCGGUAUGCUUGUUUUCGUCAGCGGAAAUCUCCAGCUUGCUGGUGAACAGCACGCUCUGCGAUUCAGUCAGAUGUUCCAUUUGAUGCCGACACCACAAGGAAGCUUUUAUGUGUACAAUGACAUAUUCCGCUUGAAUUAUGCAUGAGAAAAGGUGUCAUAUUCAAACCCCAAGUGUGUUUUUUAGAUUUUCAACAUCCAUUUCUUGUCAAAUUUCAAAUAUGCUUUUUUUUAAUUAGAGUAUUAAGAUGAUAAAUCAAUCAUUUUAGUCUCUAGAUGUUGCUUAUCUUUCUAAACUUGAAGAUUAUGUUUGUUUUCAUAUGAAACUUGUUCUUAUAAUUCUUAUCA